ACAAAACCUCAAGCUUUUCACUUCAAUUUGUGUGGGAUCUGUUGUAUUUUUGGUGUGGCUGGUAUUUUUGUUGGGAUUUCUCUCUCAUGGCUUCAAAAAGGGCUGGAAGUAAAAGGAAACAAGUGGGUAGUUCUAGUGCCGGUGGCCAGGCCCAAGAAGAAGGUAACCUCGUUGAUAAUGCUCUGUUUGUGGAUGAUGAUGCCAUUAAUCGCUAUAAUUUUUUCAAAAACUUGGCUGUGCUACCAGGCAAUUGUGUGAAAUUCAGUCAAUUUCCUCAAGGAGAUAUGCAUGUUGAACAAAUGUUUAGGGAACUUGGGUGGAAGGAGUAUGUAGAAAUUAAGGAGCAUGUGUACUAUGAAGUUUUUUCUCCAAGGGAUAUUUGUGCUGUAUUAGAUAUACCUGAAAGAGGAGAUGAUGAGUUUCUAGAUGUGAAUCAUGCCUUAGUUAGAGCCACAAUUGCCCCCAAUUGCGUUGAAAAUCAAAUUAAAGUGGGGUCUCUUACACCAGAGAAUAGAGCAUUGCAGUGGAUUAUAUCUCGCAUUAUUGCUCAGAGGAAAGGAAGAUACAUUUUCUGGAGCAUAAUCAAGCCUUACUCACCAACUACGGGACUUCCUCAUGGUGCUUUAAUUACCAGAUUGGUGAAGAGGAACAAUAUUGAUAUUACCUCCUUUCGGUUCGGAACAGUUCCUGGUGGGACUACUCUUACCAAAGCCUCUUUUGAGAAAAUGGACUGUUUGUUUAUAAAUGGCAUUUGGAUAAAGAAAAGGGAACAAGAAAGGGAUGAAGAAGAAGGUGAUACAGAUCAAGAAAUGGCAGAACAAGGGGCAGAAGAACAUGAAGAUGACAACCCAAGACCAUUUCGAGCCUCCAUGCAAAGAACUAACCGUGAAACCAUGGAGCUAAUGAUAUCUGAGAUGCAGCAGCUGCACACCGACUUUUAUGGUUUCCGGACAGAAAUGAGAGGGAUAAUGACUAACGUGGAAGGAAAGCUGACUAACGUGGAAGGAAAGCUUGAUCGGCUUGUUAACCAUUUUUUUCCUCCACCCCCACCUGAUGCCACCUAACUUGAUAUCUCUUUAGUUUGGCUAAUCUUUAGGAUGGACAUCUUAGGGUUAUGCAUUUUAUGUUUUAUUUGACUAUGGAUAUGUCUUGAACCUAUUUAUCUUGUUUUAUGAUUGGAAAUGGCAUCACUUGUGUUAUCAUGCUUUGUGAAUGGUUGCUUAUGAUUUUGAUGAUACUAUGCUCUUAUUGAGGGGGAGUUUAUUGAUUGAUGAUUAUAUUCAUUACAUAUUCUUGAUGCUUUAAAGGUUGAUAGCAUGAAUUAAGGGGGAGCAUUUUG